UUAUUGGUCAAUUAUUUUUGAUGGAUUUACUUCCGUUAAGUGUGAACGAUACUUAACGCUUGUAUUCUAGCAGAAUCAUCUCGAAUACUAUUUACAGGUUACCCAAGUACUUUGCUCAAGUAUAGUGAGCGAAUAUUUAAAAAAUUGAAAAAUUGUAAUACAAAAUAUAAAAAUGCAACCGCAAAUAAUUUUACUUAAAGAAGGCACAGAUGCUGCACAAGGAAAACAACAAUUAAUAUCAAAUAUAAAUGCUUGUCAAGUAGUAGUAGAUGCUGUAAGAACUACAUUAGGUCCUCGUGGAAUGGAUAAACUUAUUGUUGAUCAAAAUGGUAAAGCAACUAUCUCAAAUGAUGGUGCUACCAUUUUGAGGCUUCUAGAAAUUGUUCAUCCUGCAGCUAAAACUUUAGUAGAUAUUGCAAAGUCUCAAGAUGCAGAGGUUGGUGAUGGUACUACAAGCGUAGUUUUAUUAGCAGGAGAAUUUUUAAAGCAAAUGAAACCAUUUAUUGAGGAAGGAGUUCAUCCACGCAUUAUGAUUAAAGCUCUUCGCCUAGCACUUCAAGUAGCAAUUGAUAAAAUAAAUGCAGUGAGUGUAAAAAUAGAUAAAUCUGAUCAAACAAAACUAGUGGAACUUCUAGAAGAAUGUGCAGCUACAUCUAUGAGUUCAAAAUUAAUUCAUCAGCAAAAAGAGCUUUUCAGUCGUAUGGUUGUAAAAGCUAUUAUGAUGCUUGAUGAAAUGUUACCUCUUAAUAUGAUUGGUAUUAAAAAGGUUUCUGGUGGAGCAUUAGAAGAUUCAGAAUUGGUUAAAGGAGUAGCUUUUAAAAAAACAUUUUCUUAUGCAGGAUUUGAAAUGCAACCAAAAAAAUAUCAAGAUUGUAAAAUUGCUUUAUUAAAUAUAGAGUUAGAACUUAAAGCAGAAAGAGAUAACGCUGAAAUACGCGUGGAUAAUGUUACGGAAUAUCAAAAAAUAGUUGAUGCUGAAUGGCAAAUUUUAUAUGAUAAACUUGACAAAAUCCAUAAAAGUGGAGCACAAGUUGUAUUGUCGAAAUUACCAAUUGGUGAUGUUGCUACACAAUAUUUCGCAGAUCGAGAUAUGUUCUGUGCAGGUAGAGUUCCUGAAGAAGAUUUAAAAAGAACAAUGAAAGCAUGUGGCGGAAGUAUUCUAACAACUGUACAUGACAUUAAAGAUUCAGAUCUUGGUAGAUGUGAAACAUUUGAGGAGAGGCAAAUUGGAGGAGAAAGAUUUAACUUCUUCUAUGAAGGAUCACGUGCUAAAACAUGUACAUUUAUAUUGCGUGGAGGAGCGGAACAAUUUUUAGAAGAAACUGAAAGAUCUUUGCAUGAUGCUAUAAUGGUUGUAAGACGAUUAUUUAAAACAAAUGCCUAUGUAGCUGGUGGUGGAGCUAUUGAAAUGGAAUUAUCAAAAACAUUGCGAGAUUAUUCUCGUGUGAUAGCAGGAAAAGAACAACUUUUAAUUGGAGCAAUAGCUCGUGCACUUGAAGUUAUACCAAGACAAUUAUGUGAUAAUGCUGGUUUUGAUGCAACAAAUAUUUUAAAUAAAUUGCGACAAAAACAACAUAAAGGCAUGCAUACUUAUGGUGUUGAUAUCAAUACUGAAGAUAUUGGUGAUAACAUGUUAGCUUAUGUAUGGGAACCUGCUGUUGUAAAAAUUAAUGCUCUAACAGCAGCAACUGAAGCAGCAUGUUUAAUUUUAUCUGUUGACGAAACUAUAAAAAAUCCUAGAAGUAGUCAAGAUAAUGGACCACAAGCUCCAAUGAAUCGUGGCAUGGGAAGACCAAUGUAAUAAGAAAUUGCGUUAUUCUCUUCAAAAAUAUAUAUUAACGUAUUGCAACAAUUCGUUUAUAUAUUAUGAAUUAUUCAACAAUUUUUACAUAUUUUUUUUCUACAUUGUAAUAUAUGAUAAAAUAGAUUUCAAAAACUUUUUCAAAACAGUUCAAUAUUUUAUCAUAAAAAUUACAAUCAGAGUAGCAUUUAAUAUUAAGUAUAUUAUAUUUCAUAUGUAUUGAUUAAAACAUUGUCCAAUUUUGCAUUUAUAAAAUUACAAUUAUUGAUUUUUUUUUACAAUUGUAAAAUUUAACAUUAAAAAAAAAAUUACUUGUAUGCUUAAAAAAAGAUUAAAAUAACUUUUAGCUUUCA